GGAGUUUCGUGUUGUGUGUGUGGUGAUUUUUUUCUUCCUCUCCCCGGACUGUAGAGGGUCGACACCGAGCACACACACAGUUUCCUGUCGAGCCAGCCAGCGAGCGGUCUGUUUCGUCGUCGGGAAGGGGGAGAGAAGCAGAAGAAAGCAGCAGCGUAGAUCCAGCCGCCAUGGCAUCCGGGGUGAAAGUGUGCGAUGAGGUGGUGAACUGCUUCACCAACAUGAAGGUGCGCAAGGCGUGUGCCAAGGGAGAGGCUAUGAAGAGGAAGAAGGCCAUCAUGCUGGUCAUCAACAAGACCAAGGACCUGAUCAUCCUGGACGAGGAGAGGCAGAUCCUCAUGGGCGAUAUCCAGCAGGGACUGAUCAAAAAUCCCUUCGACCACUUCAUGAGCAUGUUCCACACGGACCGCUGUUGCUAUGCCAUCUAUGAUGCAAACUAUGAGACCAAGGAAUCUAAGAAGGAGGAGCUCAUCUUCAUUCAUUGGAGUCCAGAAGGGGCCACAAUUCACGACAAGCUGAUCUACGCCAGCUCCAAAGAUGCAGUCACCAAAAAGUUUAACGGCAUCAAGCAUGAAUGGCAGGUGAAUGGCUUUGAUGACUUGGCCGACAUCCAAUCAUUGGCUGCAAAGCUGGGCUCCGAUGUGGUGGCAGUAGAGUCUCGACACAUCUAACACCAGCCCCACGACCAUCAUCCAUCUUUCCAACGUCUUGUGUGUGUGCUGGGUUUCUGAUUUUUUGUUUUUGGGCCUACCACGCCCCUUUCAGUUUGUCCACACUUGUCUUUGGCUCCCCUACUCUAAUGCUUGCUUUUUAUUAAAUCCUGUCUGUCU